CUAGCUUCAUCAUUAAAUCAGCCUGGCUUCAUGAUACGGGCGACAACCUUCAACCGCUGCCUACGUCCUGUGCGCUCCCCUCGAUAUAUACACAAAUCUUCCGCCCGCAAGAUGGCCGUCCCCGUUACCGUAAAUGAGCUUCCUACGCUGAGCCUACUAUACAAGCUCAAGCGCAUUGCCGCCGCCGACGAUGUAGAGCCCGUUUACGCAGCGAAUGCCACCUUCAAUGACAAAAUCUCUGUUAUUAAGCAGGACAUCACCACUCUUUGCAUCGAUUCCAUCGUCAACGCCGCCAACAAUACUCUUCUGGGUGGCGGCGGCGUAGACGGAGCUAUUCACCGCGCUGCAGGCCCCGACCUCUAUGACGAAUGUGAGACUCUGAAUGGUUGUGCGACUGGAUCUGCAAAGAUCACGGAUGGCUAUGAGCUGCCUGCGAAGAAGGUCAUUCAUGCGGUUGGCCCGAUAUAUUGGUCGACGAAACGAGAAGGCAAACAUACAGCGCUUCUCUCAGGGUGCUACCGCAGGAGUUUGGAGUUGGCUACGGAGAAUGGGCUGAAGAGUAUCGCGUUCUCAGCUUUGAGUACCGGCGUGUAUGGGUAUCCGAGCGGUGAGGCGAGCGAAGUGGCUUUGGAUACCGUGCGGAAAUUUUUGGAGGAGGGCAAGGGAAAUGAGUUAGAGCGGAUUGUGUUUUGCAACUUCCUACAGAAAGACGAAGAUGCAUACUUCAAAAACAUUCCCAAAUACUUCCCGCAAACUUCCUCCGCCGAGCCGAAUAAACAACCAGCUGCCACGUCCACCGACGCAAACGAGCUCGCAAACAAGUUGCCAGAUCCUCCCGCUGCCGAACCGAAGGACCCUGGCGAACCUAAUCACAAGAGGCAAAAAACGGACACUUCUGACGAUGACUUUGUUGUCGUAGAACGGGGAGACGUCGAUGAAGCAGAGGCGGCGUCCAAAAAGGAUUGA